CCUCCUCAGAGGGCGCUGUGAGUGCGCCGCCAGGGCCGGGCCGCCAGCCUCCUGCCUCCCCUGUCAGCGGCUCCUGAGGCGGCGGCGGCGGCGAAGAAGAAGGAGUGGGAGGAGGCGGCGGCGGCGCACUCGCCCUCAGCACAUGCCGGCCCCGGGUGGGGGGCCGCCCCCAGGCCGCGCUCCCGGCCACCGCCGCUGAGCCCCGCCGGUGCCCGCACGCAGCCCCGCCGCCCCGAGGCCUCGUCCUCCUCCCAAACUUUGCAAAGUCGGCCCGCGUCCCCACCGCCCUCGGCCGUGCCUCGGCUCCGAGGCUCGCCUCGCAGCCGCAGCGGCCCCGCGAGGAGGAGGAGCCGCCGCCGCAGCAUCAAAGAGACCGAAUUCCCGCGGCCUGGGGGGGAGUCAUGCUUUGCGGUCUGUAAUGUCAGCAGAACAGGAGAAGGAUCCCAUUUCGCUGAAGAGAGUUCGAGGUGGUGAUAGUGGACUGGAUGGGUUAGGAGGACCAGGUGUACAACUAGGAAGCCCAGAUAAGAAAAAACGCAAGGCAAAUACACAGGGACCUUCUUUUCCUCCAUUGUCUGAGUAUGCUCCACCACCGAAUCCAAACUCUGACCAUCUAGUGGCUGCUAAUCCAUUUGAUGACAACUAUAAUACUAUUUCCUAUAAACCACUACCUUCGUCAAAUCCAUAUCUUGGCCCUGGUUAUCCUGGCUUUGGAGGCUAUAGUACAUUCAGAAUGCCACCUCACGUUCCCCCAAGAAUGUCUUCCCCAUACUGUGGUCCUUACUCACUCAGGAGCCAGCCACACCCAUUUCCUCAGAAUCCUCUGGGCAUGGGUUUUAAUCGACCUCAUGCUUUUAACUUUGGGCCACAUGAUAAUUCAAGUUUCGGUAAUCCAUCUUAUAAUAAUGCACUAAGUCAGAAUGUCAACAUGCCUAAUCAACAUUUUAGACAAAAUCCUGCUGAAAAUUUCAGUCAAAUUCCUCCACAGAAUGCGAGCCAAGUUUCUAACCCCGAUUUGGCAUCUAAUUUUGUUCCUGGAAAUAAUUCAAAUUUUACUUCUCCAUUAGAAUCUAAUCAUUCUUUUAUUCCUCCCCCAAACACUUUUGGUCAAGCAAAAGCACCACCCCCAAAACAAGACUUUACUCAAGGAGCAACCAAAAACACUAAUCAAAAUUCCUCUGCUCAUCCACCUCACUUGAAUAUGGAUGACACAGUGAAUCAGAGUAAUAUUGAAUUAAAAAAUGUUAAUCGAAACAAUGCAGUAAAUCAGGAGAACAGCCGUUCAAGUAGCACUGAAGCCACAAACAAUAACCAUGCAAAUGGGACGCAGAAUAAGCCACGACAACCAAGAGGUGCAGCAGAUGCCUGCACCACUGAAAAAAGCAAUAAAUCUUCUCUUCACCCAAACCGUCAUGGCCAUUCAUCUUCUGACCCAGUGUAUCCUUGUGGAAUUUGUACAAACGAGGUGAACGAUGAUCAGGAUGCCAUCUUAUGUGAGGCCUCUUGUCAGAAAUGGUUUCAUCGGAUCUGUACUGGAAUGACUGAAACAGCUUAUGGCCUCUUAACUGCAGAAGCAUCUGCAGUAUGGGGCUGUGAUACCUGUAUGGCUGACAAAGAUGUCCAGUUAAUGCGUACUAGAGAAACUUUUGGUCCAUCUGCAGUGGGCAGUGAUGCUUAAUCAAAGGCAUUAACUAAAGUGGAUUUAUUUUCCUGUGCAUUGCAGAAGUUCACUGACACAGGAUUUUAAUGUUUUACAUUAUUUUUUUAAAUGCAUACACAAAAACAUUAUUUACUUAGCUUUUAUUAAUAAUUCACUUCAUCACUAGAGCAAAUUUUUUAUUGUCUUUGCUUGCUGUCUUAAAUGAGAAUAAUGUAUAU